AUUAUUAUCGGACAACGGCGAACGCUGCUGCAGAAGUGCAGACUGCAGUCGACCACACCACAAAUUUUCGGGUGAACUUUAAGUCGGUACAAAAGAUCUCGUCGCAUGUUGAUAAAAUCCUGUCCACGUUCGCGGGUAGUCGGUAACGCGUGGGCCCGCGGUCGAAGAUCGCGUUACGGAACAGUAAAAUAUAAUUAUUAAAUAUUAAACGAUCUUCUUUUAGCGUUCAGACCGAGUUCGCGCGUCGUUCGGUGUUCACACACGACAMUACGUCUCGGCAGACUGCUGGUGUUUACUUCCGAAGUGUGUCGUAGUCGUAGUUGUUUCGCGUUUGUAUCGGGAAAAAACAUGACAGCCGUGACGUCUGGCCAUUCAUAGCCGGACGUCCUGCGAAGAACAACAGUGUCCAAAAGCGGUUUACAAGCACUGCGACGAUGGACAUUUCCGUCGGUUAUCUGAGCGUUUUCCUCGCUUUGUUUUCGAUCGUCUGUUACUUUAUGAGGACCAAAUUUGUCCUGCCAGACUGCCUGCCGCCCUCUUCGUCGAAAUCGUUAGUCGGCGACUGUCUGGCCCCGUCCACGCCGCGGUUAGUGGCCGAUUGUUUGGCUCCGUCCACACCGCGGUUGUUGGCCGUCACUGCUCCGCGUGCCCGGCAGCUCGGAUCCGCCAGAAUUGCGCCAGAGUUCCGGGUGUCGGUGAAUCCGUUCACGCCGACCGGUAUCGCCAUAUUGAAAAACCGGAAGAAACGCGGUCCCGGAUCGAACGACGACAGUACAGCCUGUCCCGAGGACAGCGACGACUGCUUGGGACAGUGCACGCCGCCUGGCCACAAAUCGCCCGUGGCCGUCCAUCCGUCCGUCGUCAGGCGUCUGGUGGACAGCGGCAAGAUGACCAACGUCAGUAUACGCGAGUUGCAGACGUCGCGCUUCAACGAAGAGUUCAGGGUGGACGAGUUCAUCGCCACCGGAAGUUUCGGCGUCAUAUACAAGUGCACGAACCUAUUUGACGGCAUACCGUAUGCGAUUAAAAAAAUCAAACAGACAAUGUACAAGAGCCCCGAGUACAUGGUGCGCAAAGAGGUGUACGCCAACUCGGUGUUCGGGCGACAUCCGAACUUGGUGUCGUACUUCACGGCCUGGUACGAGAGGGGCCACAUCUAUAUCCAAACGGAGUUCUGCCACGGCGGCACUCUGGAACGCAUGAUCCACGAGUCGGAUCAUGUGUUCUGCGACGGCGCUCUGAGGCRGUUGUUGUGGCACGUGUGCAACGGCCUGGCACACAUCCAUUCCAAAAAACUUGCACAUUUGGACAUAAAGGCAGCCAACAUUUUGAUAUGCCCAACCGAUGGGUCUGUGGUGUUUGCCMACGAUCUAGAUGACGAGGAAGACAUAGUCGACAAAUAUAUUGUUUACAAGAUAGGUGACUUUGGUCAUACCAUAUGCGUUGAGGAUGUCCGAAACAUUGAAGACGGAGACUCUCGCUAUUUACCUAAAGAACUGUUACGUGACGAUUACUCUCAGUUGCAGAAAGUUGAUGUGUUUUCUACUGCGCUUACAGUGUACGAGGCAGCAACUCGUAAACCUUUACCUAAAAAUGGACCAGAAUGGCAUCGUUUGAGGAAUGGUGAGUUUUYGUUACCUCAAACUCCAUUUUUGAGUACGAGUCUUGAAAAAUUGCUGAAAAAGAUGGUCGACUUGGAUCCUACCAAUAGGCCUAGUGCUUCUAAAGUGGUUAAUCUUUUGCUCGACAGAGGAAUGGCAGCAAUAAAAGAUCAAGAUGAAAUUGAAGCAUUAAAAUUAAGUGCUCAAUUUCUUUCACCUUGGUUAAUCGAUUUAAAUCCGUCAAGAACAGUGCCACCAGGUAGAAGUGAUUAUAUUUAUACAGACCAUCAGUUAUUAGAAACGGAAGACUAUUGGACAGAAAAUCAAAACAUUUAAUUAUAUUUAACUUAUAAUGUUGAACUAUAGAU